AUGAUCAGUAUGAAGGACCCAGAAACAGCUCUGUUGCCGCCGCCUUGUGGGCACAGCCGGGGCUGCAGCUGCGAGCGCUGCGGGCGCUUCCCGCGGCUCCGCCGGCACCGGGACCGGGACACGGAGCUGGACCGGGACAGCGACGGGGACGGGCCGGGCGGGGCCGCGGGGCCCUCGGCCGGGGCCGCUCCCGGUUGUGCUCCCGGCAGGACCCGCGGUCGCUGUGCCGGGAGCGCAGGCGCGGAGCGGGAGCGGCAAUGGCGGAGCCCGGGGAGCGGCGGGGCCGGGCCGGGGACAGCGGGGGAGACUGCGGCGGGCUCGGAGGGGGAGGAGGCAGCCGUGCCCAGGAGGAAGAGGAGGAGGAGUGGGAGGAUGGAGACAGCGGCCACCAAAGGCUGGGGAGGCACAGCUCCAGGCUCUAGAUGAAGUCCCUCCUUUCCCAAGAAAUAGGAAACCCAGCAGGAUGUGAACCAGAGGAGGUGCUUUAGGAAAGGCCCUCCAGCCUGGGAAGGAGCUUUUGGCUCCGGACACAUUCCCAGUCCCCAGGAGCAGCAGGACCUGGGCUGUUCCCAGCAGGUGAGGCAGAGGGGCCUUUCCUUCCUUCCCUGCUGCACUUUGGCUUUUUGAGGGGCCUCUGGGGGUCUGAGGGAGAAGUUCUUUGUCAUUCCAGGGCAGAAUCAGCCCUGGUCUCACUAAAAGCAGGAGGAAUCAUUUUAUCCUUGUUUUUGGAUACACAUUUUGUGCUUUCUCUCUGCUGCUGACACCGUAUGGUGAAGCAGCAGCUCCCAACCUUGUCAGUGCUGCUCCCAGUUUUGUUCCUAGCUGGUAAACAAGAAACAGUCAUUUGCUGCCCUGUGGUAAUUGGAUUAAGGACAAGGCCCCGCUCUUUGUUUAAUACUCCAGAGAAAAACUGCCCAAGAACAAAGCGAGAGCUUCCCCCAGUGAGAACCUGCCCAGGCCACGCUGGGUUUGCACACACAGGGCUCAAUCCCUGCUGGAAUCCCACUCACAGCCCCCAGAUCAAUGAGCAGCCUAGGGUCUCACAGCCUGACCAGGACAAUCUCUUGCCUUUGGACAUGGAAAAUCAGUUUUCCAUUGUUACAACACAAGCUCAAGGUAAUUAUGAAGUGGUGUCAUGGUUUUUAAGUUGUGCACAUGGAGGAAGUUCACUGGAGCGGCCAACACUGCUCCACUUUUAUGGACAAUCCUCUGGGUUUGGGAUCUUGAUUUGUGGGUGUGAAAUUUC